AUGAAAGAACAUGACAAGUAUAAAAAAAUGGGAGAAGAGGAAGAAGAACUGGAUGAGGAAGAGCAGGAACGCGUUACGCACACCUAUGAUAGUCACAAUCCUUGGAAAAACAACUUUUUCAUGGAAAGCGAAAAAAAUGAAAGCGGCAAAUAUGAAUCCGGAAGGGAACAUUUUUAUAAACGAUAUUCAUCUCUCAGAGGAGACAACGAAUGGAACGUAAAGUCUAAUCUUUUUUCACAACUUCACACCAACAUGUAUCAUUCAGUGGGAAGCAAGCUAAGGGGCUAUAGUGCACGCUUGUCAAGUAUCAAUAAAUGUGCAGUGAGAAGCUGCAGAUUCUCCAUAAACAGACACAAAAGGACAGCCUCUAUAUCGUCAGCUCAUCUGAACUGGUCAGGUGAAGAAGGAAGAACCAAAAAACAUAUGUCUGACCUUGAUCAACACAAAGAAAUAGAUUCAUUAUACGAUGAUGAAGAAGUUUACAGAACCUACGAAAGGGUGCAUAAUCUUGAAAUGUCCAAAUUUUUAAAUAACAAAAAAAAGAACAAAAAAAAAAAAAAAAAUUUUCAAAGGAGUUAUUCCUUACUCCCUAACACAAAUGGAAAACACUUUACUAACUUGUCGUUAAGAAAAUCAGUAUUCACAAAACAUAACCAAUUACAAGAGGAAGGAAAAAUAAAAACAGAAGAAAUUCCCAAAUUGAAUGUAUCUCUUUCUAAUUAUAACAUAAAGGUAAGAAGUAGAACCUUAGUAGAUAUAAGCAAGGUGGGGAAAUUCCACAAGCGACAUGUCCACACACAUUCAAAUGGAGAUGCGAUGGAAUCAAGUAAGAGCAUCACGAAUCGAAAUGGAAUCGAUCAUCAUAUCUAUAAUACAAAUCAAAAUGUCACACAAGAUGCAGGAAAUCGCUCAAAGAGGAACAAAAAAGAGGGAAGAAAAGAAAAACGUCAGUUCAGCUCACUUUCCUAUAUGAGGAAAUACAAUCUUGGGGAUGGGCAUAAAGUUGCUGCACAUCUCACUACACAUGUCACUACACACGACACUACACAUGCCACUACACAUGCCACUACACAUGUCACUACACAUGUCACUACACACGACACUACACAUGCCACACCCGAGUCGAAUGGUCGAAAGCUGUUCCAAGUAAAAUUCCUAUGUCAGGCAAAGAGCUAUAAUUUAAAAAAAAUAAGCCAAGUGUUCAGUUCUAAAAAAGUAAAACAUAGGUUCCACGAUAAUAACAACAUUUUAUGCGCAUUCUUAACCCCAGAAAAAUACACGAAAUAUUUUCACAGUGUUGAAGAAAUGUAUAACAUCGAUAAUUUGAAUUUUCAAAGGGAUAUCACAUGUUCUAACGCUGAAUAUAUUUUUUUCGUUUUUAAAAAUGGAUCUGUUGUCAUAUGGGAAAUGUUCCAGAAUUAUCAAAAAAAUGACGUCUUUAUAAAUAAAGUUAUUAUAUUUUUAAAUUCAUAUUCUGAUGAACUUUGGCCUGUGUAUAUUCUUCAACAAGAUAUGAUAUACUACUACCACGAGGAAGGGAAGGAUGAAGACAUAGCUGAAAAUGAAAUUGAUGAACGUGACAUCCAAGUUGUGAGAGAUGAAAAUGAAGUUUAUCUAAACACAGAUAUUAACUCAUGGAAAGGUAGCUCGAGGGAAAAUAGGAUAGGAGAGGUACAAUAUACAGAAAAAAAAAGAGAUAAUUUUCAUCCACUUAAUGUAUCACCAACUAAUGGAGAAGAAAUAUCCUCCUCUUUAGACUCUUCCAAUUCAUUGAUUAGAGGUGGUGUCAUCCACCUUUGCAGCAGAUCUAUCGAACAGAAACUUACAGUGUCGUUUGCCUUAUCACAAACAAUUCGAUUGGAUAUACAUGAAAUGCUUAUGGAUAUUGCAAUCAACACACUUUUCAACAUUUCGAAAGAAAUUGCAAAAAAUGGAAAAUGCACUGUUUCAAAGAAAAAAAUUUCAAGCAUGUUGGAUAUUUAUUCGAGUAUUAUAAAUGUCAAUGCUGUUCAAGACUUUCUUGAUAUUCCCGAAUACUUUUGGAAUAAGGUUCAAUAUGAACAUAUGUGGUUCGAGAUAUACAAAUACUUGGAAAUCCCUGAACGAAUCAAAAUAUUAAACAAGAGAUACAACUACUAUAAGGACUUUUUAAAGGUUAUCAAAACGGAAGUAUACAACAACAAAACAUUUCAUACGUAUCGAAUCAUCGUCCUGUUGUUGUUCAUACAUGUGUGUGCUCUAAUUGUUAACGAUGUAUUUUUCGCCCAGUGA